CUCGCCGGGACGAUAGACAGUUAUUUGGUAAGAUUGGAGACCCCAGGGUCUAUCAACUGGUAAGGGAUGAGAGCAGAUAUCAAUCAUGUCGUGAAUUCUGUUUUCCCGAUAUCAACUCGUCGCUGUCUCCGUAUUGCAGACCUUAACAUCAGAGUGAAAAGCCAUGAGUCUUCAGUCAGCACAGAGGUUGGGUUUCGCAAUCUCACCAAGACAUAACGCUGCUGUUCUGUUCCGGCUACGGCCUGCAGCCAUCAAAUCCUCUCGAUCAUUGUCACAUUGGAACCCUCCAUCAUUUGAGAAUGAGCCUGUGAGGUUAUAUGCCAAGGGCUCCCCUGAGCGGAGUGAGAUCUUGGAUGCAUUGAAGGCUCUUCGAGCAAGCCUACCCGCUAAGAUCCCCCUGGUUUCUGGAGGUGUCGAGAUCAAUUCAAACUUGACCGAAUCUCAACCAAACCCCUCAAAGUAUCGAGAAAUUGUGGCCGAAUAUGCCCCUGCUUCUGUUUCAGACGUCAACAAGUGUAUCGAUGCGGCUCUAAAAGCCAAACCGGCAUGGGAAGCGAUGCCAUUUGAAGACCGGGCUGCAAUAUUUCUUCGAGCUUGCGAACUAAUCACCGGUAAAUACCGCGCAACGCUCAAUGCUGCCACGAUGCUCGGUCAAGGCAAGAAUGUGUAUCAAGCCGAGAUCGAUGCAGCUUGUGAGACAGUGGACUUUUUCCGCUUUUACAUUCAGCAGGCUUUUGAUCUAUUUUCUCAGCAACCCACAAUUCACACACCCGGAACGUGGAACAAGCUUGAAUAUCGAUCUCUGGAAGGUUUUGUAUAUGCCAUCGCACCUUUCAACUUCACCGCAUUGGCGGCUUCCUUAGUAGGGCCAGCAGCUCUCAUGGGCAAUGUUGUAAUCUGGAAACCAUCACCCUCAGCUCUCCACUCCGCCUGGGUUUUGCACAAGAUACUAAUUGAAGCUGGACUUCCUCCAGACGUUAUUCAGUUCGUCCCAGGCGAUGCUGCUCAGAUCACAGAUACUGUGCUGUCGAGAGCCGAGUUCUCUGGUUUGUCAUAUAUUGGCUCGACUGCAGUAUUCAAGGAGAUUCUCGGGAAAGUGGGUAAGGCUACGGCAGCAGGCACUUUCAAUUCAUACCCUCGCGUGGUGGGUGAGACUGGUGGAAAGAACUUUCAUGUGGUUCACUCAUCAGCCGACAUCCGCAACGCUGCGCUCAACACGAUCCGUGCCGCUUUUGAAUACCAGGGCCAGAAAUGCUCCGCAUGUAGCAGGGUAUACGUUGCGGAAUCUGCCUGGCCUGAGUUCAAGCGAGUUCUUGUCGAAGAAACCUCGAAGCUCCGCGUAGGCCAGCCAGAGCAAUUCGACAAUUUUAUCAACCCAGUGAUUCACCAACGAGCCUUUGACCGGCUGGCAGAUGUGAUCAAGCAAGCUAAGACUGAUUCUCAACUCGAGCUUGUCACAGGAGGCAAGGUCGACGAUUCAGAGGGGUAUUUUGUGCAUCCAACGAUAUAUCGGACAUCUGAUCCGCGGCAUGACUUGAUGAAACGUGAGCUAUUUGGACCGCUUUUCGCAGUGUAUGUGUUCCCAGACGCGGAAUGGUCAGAGACUCUACGGCUGCUCGACUCGACAUCUACAUACGCCCUGACGGGUUCAAUCUUUGCCCGUGACCCCAUCGCAAGUCGCGAGGCUCAAUCUGCACUUCGACAUUCGGCUGGGAUGUUGUACCUGAACACAAAAUGUACCGGCAGUGUGGUUGCCCAACAGCCAUUCGGUGGCAGUCGAGAUAGUGGCACCAAUGACAAGUCUGGCACUGCGACUCUUCUCAGUCGUUUUGUCAGUGUGCAGACAGUCAAGGAGGAGUUUGGUACGAUUGAUCAGGUAGCGUACCCAAGUAAUGAAGCCUGAGAGAUGGCGAUCAUGAUGUCUCCGGUGGCAUUCUUUUAAUAGCAAGACUUAUGAUGGGGAGUGUCAUAGGAAGUCAGGCAGAAAGGGCCUCCCAUCUUUUGUAAUGGUAUAGCACAAUACUACAACAAUACC